CGUCAAACUCACGACAACAAAUAUGGCUGCCCCCUGCUCGUUGGUGUGUUGUGGAGAGGAGAGCGACUCUGAAAAAGCUGUUAUUGUCCGCUUUUCAAAUGGCAGCGUCAAAAAUGCAGAAAAACUGGAUUUCACGAUGUACAAGAACGCAGAUGAGAGUAACCCCAGGAAAAAGAGCAGGCGGAUAAUGGCUGCUGAAUCAGACAGACUGUGCUAUGUUGGAAACAACUUUGGGUCGGGCUCCUUGAAAUGCAACAACCUUUGCAAAUAUUAUGUAGGAGUGUUGAACAGGCAGACCAUGCAAAUGGAGGUGCACAGUGCUCAGCUCUUCAACAUGCAGCCAGUUAUACCGGGAGACGCAACAGAGACUGCGAAACCCCAGGACACUACUCAGACCUACAGAGACAAGGUUGACUCUUUGAUUGAGGCGUUUGGGACCAACAAACAGAAGAGAGCUCUGAGCUCCCGCAGGCUGAAUCAAGUGGGCAGUGAUACCCUGCACCAAGCAGUGGCUAAGGCUGCCAACACUGUGAUUGACCAGAAAGGUCUGGAAGCUCUACAACAGGAAGUGGAUGAGACAGAGGUCCAGGGAGACCUGGCUCUCCACCUGCCCCCUUGCAAUGCAGGCGCUGACAAACCUGAGAAUGUCUACCUAUUUGAUGAUCUCCUGAGUCCAGUAGAGUUUGGGGCUUUGGAGCAGGCUGGUUCCAAGAUGGCAGCACUCACAUCUGAGGAACUGAAGAAGAUGAGAGAUGAAGCAGGGUGCUUGUGUGUUGUGAAGCACCUGCAGAACAUGCCAUCUGUGGGUGAAGCCAGAGAUAAGGUGGCACGCUGUGCCUUUUACCUCUCUAUGCUCCUCAAGCUGGCACGGCAGAAGAGCAUCACCCGCAAGUUUGGGCAGGAGGAAGGCUGUCCUCGCAUCAUUCAGAGCAAACUGCUCAGAACAUUCACUGUGGAGACUUUCAACAACGGCAGGGUCCAGAACAUAGUGUCGUCAUCAAUGCGUUCCAAAUUAGCAGCUUACGCCCUGGCCCUGCUGCUGCAUAUGAAUCGCAUGACUGCUGACCUCACAUUACUGCACCGGGACCUGGGAAUCACUGAGGCCAGGAUGAUUGAAGUAGCAAAGUCAAUGGGACUGACCCUUAUUAAACAGGCACGGGCAAAGGCAUUCGAGGCUGAGUCGCAAGACACGAACAGACACGCCUCUCUUGUCCUACCUCUGGUCAAAUAUGAUCAGUUUAUAGAGAGACGGAAACGCAAGAAAAUGCACUGAAGAUCAAGAUAAGAACUGGAUUGAGUGUGUGGCCUGUUGGAAAU